CGCGGACUCGCAGCCGCCGCCCUGGGCGGUGAGAGCGCCGAGACCCGGCCGCCUAGGCGCGCGUGGAUUUGGACGCGGCGGAGCCGGGAGGUGCGGCGCCGCGCGCGCUGCGACCAGGCGGCUUCCGGCGCGGCGGGUGUCUCCGGAGAAGAUCUCUCAAGUUUGGUUUUUAAUUGCUUUUUCCUGAAACCAAGUCAUUUUGACAGAAGAUCAGACUUGGCUUUAUUAACUUUGAACUGGGAGGCAGCAGUCAACGGCAAGUCACCUCUGAUGCUGUAACAGAGCAGGAAAGAACCCUGUGAUGUAAAUACGGGCAUAGAACCUCUCUUAUAAGUCAGAGUCUUCUGGAAGAGAAGAGAAACCUGACAGAAUUUUUUUUAAGUACCAAGACUUGAAGUAAUCCACGCACAUGGCGUCGAUAAGGUGCUCAUUCAGGUGGAUCAAGCCCUUGGCCGCAGAUCCCUGGUCACUUAUACUUAUCCUCUAUUCUGUACAACACGCAUAUGGGAGUGGAAAGAAGUUUGUGGGUCCUUGCGGAGGAAGAGAUUGUUCAGUGUGCCAGUGCUUUCAUGAAAAAGGGUCUCGGGGUCAACCAGGACCACCGGGGCCACAGGGUCCUAUUGGACCCCUGGGACUGCCAGGACCCAUUGGCAUUCCAGGAGAGAAAGGGAUGAGAGGUGACAGUGGUCCUCCUGGGGCAGCAGGUGACAAAGGUGAUAAGGGUCCAACUGGUGUUCCUGGAUUUCCAGGUUUGGAUGGCAUACCUGGGCACCCAGGGCCUCCUGGAUCCAGAGGCAAGCCUGGCAUGCAUGGCUAUAAUGGUUCGCGAGGUGAUCCAGGGUUUCCAGGAGAGAGAGGAGUUCCUGGCCCAGGAGGCCCCCCAGGCCUUCCUGGGGAAAGUGGAGAAAAAGGAAAUUCAGUGUUCAUUUUAGGUGCCAUUAAAGGUAUUCAGGGCGACAGAGGGGACCCAGGACCUCCUGGCUUGCCGGGAUUGAGGGGGGCAAGAGGAGCGGCGGGCCCAAUGGGACAUCUGGGAGAGCCCGGGUUAGCCGGUGCUCCAGGCCAUCCUGGGAGACCGGGCUUGAAGGGUAAUCCUGGCGUGGGAGUCAAGGGGCAAAUGGGAGACCCGGGUGAAGUUGGCCAGCAGGGUUCUCCUGGACCCACCUUAUUGGUACAGCCACCUGAUUCUUGUCUGUACAAAGGAGAAAAGGGCAUAAAAGGAAUGCCUGGCAUGACUGGACCUCCAGGACCACCGGGACCCAAGGGAGAACCUGGAAUUGGGGCAAAAGGAGAGAAGGGUAUCCCUGGGUUCUCAGGACCUCGGGGUGAUCCUGGUUCCUAUGGAUCUCCAGGUUUUCCAGGAUUAAAGGGGGAGCCAGGACUGUUUGGAGAGCCUGGAUCAUUUGGAUUUCUUGGCCCGAAGGGGGAUCCUGGAGACCGCGGGUACCCAGGACCACCGGGGGUUUUGAUAACUCCAUCUCUUCCACUCAAAGGCCCUCCAGGGGAUCCGGGGCGCCCUGGCCGCUACGGAGAAACGGGGUCUGUUGGACCACCUGGUCCUCCUGGCCCCUCCGGUCCACCAGGGGAAGCCCGCGCAGGCAUGAUGGGACCUCCUGGGCCAAGAGGGCUUCCUGGUCAUCCGGGAUUUCCAGGGGCAGCUGGUAUCCCUGGGAGAGCUGAAUCCAGUCCAGGAAAGCCAGGGAACCCAGGACCACCAGGGUUGCCCGGAGCCCCAGGGCUGCAGGGACCUCCGGGAUCAGAUGUUAUAUAUUGUAGUGUUGGACACCCUGGACCACAAGGAAUGAAAGGCAAAGUGGGUCCUCCAGGAAGAAGAGGCUCAAAAGGAGAAAAAGGAAACGCGGGGCUCUGUGCCUGUGAGCCCGGUCCCAUGGGCCCACCAGGACCUCCGGGACUUCCUGGGAGACAGGGUAGUAAGGGAGACUUGGGGCUCCCUGGGUGGCUUGGAGAGAAAGGUCACCCAGGUCCUCCUGGAGCUGAAGGAUCUCCAGGACCACCAGGAAAACAAGGUGCCUCAGGACCACCUGGCAGCAAAGGAGAAAAGGGUGACAUGGUUGUAUCGAGAGUGAAAGGGCAGAAAGGAGAAAGAGGUCUUGAUGGGCUCCCAGGAUGUCCAGGACGACAGGGGCAACAUGGUCAGGAUGGACUUCCUGGAAAAAAGGGGGAUCCAGGCCCCCCAGGGGAUCAUGAAGACGCAUUCCCAGGUGAUGAAGGGUCUCCUGGACCGCCGGGCCCCCCGGGCAGAGCAGGACCUCAGGGACAGCCAGGUUUGGGAUUUCCUGGCCCACCAGGAGAGAGAGGGCCACCGGGAGCUCCAGGCCGCCCUGGCGAGAGGGGCCUCGAGGGCUUGAAGGGUCAGAAAGGCGAUACAAUUUCUUGUAACGUCACCUACCCUGGGAGGCCAGGGCCCCCAGGAUUUGAUGGGCCUCCAGGACCAAAGGGAUUUCCAGGUCCUCGGGGCACUCCGGGGUUGAGGUGUUUGGAUGGGCAAAAAGGUCAGCGUGGCAAACCAGGAAUAUCAGAAAUACCUGGUCCACCUGGGUUUCGUGGUGAAAUGGGCGAUCCGGGUUUUGGAGGUGAAGAGGGGUCCUCCCUUCUUGGGCCCCCAGGCUUGCCCGGUUCUCGUGGAGCAAAUGGUCAGAAAGGAGUCAUGGGAGACACUGCCUAUGGCCAACCAGGUGCCCCAGGAAAGAGAGGUCUUUCAGGAGUGCCAGGGGCCGAAGGACACAGAGGUGACCCAGGACCUCCAGGUUUUGCAGGGCCAGCUGGUAGGCCGGGAUUCCCAGGUCUCAAAGGUCCCAGAGGCAGAGAGGGAAGUGCUGGGUUUCCAGGAAUCCCAGGUCCACCUGCUCAUUCCUGCAAAGGAGGCGCCCCAGGGAUAGCAGGACCACCGGGAGUCCCCGGGGCUCCAGGCCAACCAGGUGCCCCAGGUUGGAAAGGACAGCGAGGGGAUGUGGGGCCUCCUGGUCCAUCUGGAAUGAAGGGCCUCCCAGGAGUCCCGGGACGGCCAGGGGCACAUGGUCCCCUAGGACUUCCAGGUGUCCCAGGCCCUUCAGGGGAUGAUGGACUGCCUGGUCUUCCAGGCCCAAAGGGAUCCCAGGGGCUGCCUGGCUUCCCCGGUUUCCCGGGGGAAAGAGGAAAGCCUGGCCCCGAGGGACGUGCUGGCCGGAAGGGGGACCCGGGAGAGGACGGUCGGCCUGGCUUCCUCGGAGACCGUGGGGUGAAAGGUGCCAAAGGAGAGAGAGGACCCCCAGGAGAUGAAGGAGAGAUGGCUAUCAUUUCCCAAAAGGGGAAAACUGGGGAACCCGGACCUCCGGGAGAUGAUGGAUUCCCAGGAGAAGAAGGUGAUAAAGGCGAUCCUGGGAUGCAGGGCAGGAAAGGAGAGCUGGGAAGACACGGAGCACCUGGAUUUCACAGAGGGGAGCCUGGUAGAACUGGGCAGCCAGGGCUUCCUGGCUCUGCAGGCCCCCCAGGCUCCCCUGGGCCAAGAGGGAUUAUUGGUUUUCCGGGAUUUCCAGGUGACCAGGGUGAGCCAGGUUCUCCAGGGUCCCCCGGACGUUCAGGAAUUGAUGGAAUGAGAGGACCUAAAGGAGACAAAGGUGACCCUGCAAGUCAGUUUGGCUCACCUGGUCCAAAGGGUGAACCAGGUAGCCUUGGAUGUCCAGGACAUCCCGGAGCACCCGGGGAGCAGGGCUUGCCCGGUGUUCAGGGGCCCACGGGACCACCAGGAAGGCCAGGACUACCUGGUACCUCUGGACCACCAGGGUGUCCAGGUAAUCAAGGGGUGCCUGGGCUGCAGGGACCUCCAGGAGAAAUGGGGGAUCCUGGGCCAAGAGGCAUGAUGGGAGAUCCAGGGGCACCAGGUCUUCCAGGAAAAAAAGGUCCCUCCGGGUCACCUGGUCUGAACGGCUUGCAUGGUUUAAAGGGUCAGAAAGGAGCCAAAGGCGCUUCAGGUUUGCACGACGUGGGCCCACCUGGUCCAGUGGGCGUACCCGGGCUGAAAGGGGAGACGGGAGACCCAGGGAGCCCGGGAAUUUCUCCCCCAGGCCUUUCUGGAGGAAGAGGUCCCCCCGGCUUCCCAGGGAGACCUGGAUCCCCUGGUCCUGCAGGUGCCGUAGGAAGAGCUCCUAAAGGGGACAUUCCUGACCCAGGUCCCCCCGGAGAUCAGGGACCUCCUGGCCCCGACGGUCCAAGAGGAGUGCCCGGGCCCCCAGGCCCCCCUGGGAGUGUCGACCUUCUGAAAGGGGAACCAGGAGACUGCGGUCUGCCGGGGCCUCCUGGUCCCCCGGGCACGCUCGGCCCUCCAGGACAAAAAGGCUUCCCAGGAUGUGAUGGAAAAGAUGGCCAGAAAGGACCAAAAGGAUUCCCAGGGCUGCGGGGGCCAGAAGGACUUCCUGGGCUCCCCGGGGAGAAGGGUUUACCUGGCAUUCCAGGCAGACAGGGGCACCCUGGUCUUCCAGGUCCCAGAGGUGAACCAGGGCCACCUGCUGAUGCGGAGUCCUGCCCCCGAAUCCCUGGGCUCCCUGGGGCACCGGGCCCGAGAGGACCAGAAGGGGCCUUGGGGGCCCCUGGAGCAAGAGGGCCCCCAGGACCAGGGUGCAAAGGAGAGUCUGGGCCGGAUGGCAGGAGGGGUGAGGACGGACUCCCAGGGUCCCCUGGGCCUCCCGGGAGCAAAGGGGACACGGGAGAAGCCGGCUGCCCUGGAGUACCGGGCCCUCCUGGGCCCCUUGGGGACCCUGGGCCCAAAGGGUUUGGGCCUGGAUACCUCAGUGGCUUCCUCCUGGUUCUCCACAGUCAGACAGAUGGCGAACCCGCCUGCCCCGCGGGCAUGCCCAGGCUCUGGACGGGCUACAGCCUCUUAUACCUGGAGGGACAGGAGAAGGCGCACAAUCAAGACCUUGGGCUGGCAGGGUCUUGCCUCCCCAUGUUUAGCACGCUGCCCUUCGCCUACUGCAACAUCCACCAAGUGUGCCAUUACGGCCGGAGGAACGACCGGUCCUACUGGCUGGCGAGCGCCGCGCCGCUGCCCCGGACGCCGCUGUCGGAGGAGGAGAUCCGCCCGUACAUCAGCCGCUGUGCGGUGUGCGAGGCCCCGGCGCCCGUGGUGGCGCUGCACAGCCAGGACCAGUCCAUCCCCCCGUGCCCGCGGACCUGGAGGAGCCUGUGGAUCGGGUACUCGUUCCUGAUGCACACAGGGGCCGGGGACCAGGGAGGAGGGCAGGCCCUCAUGUCCCCUGGCAGCUGUCUGGAAGAUUUCCGAGCCGCACCGUUCCUCGAAUGUCAAGGCAGGCAGGGAACUUGCCACUUUUUUGCAAACAAGUAUAGCUUCUGGCUGACGACAGUGAGACCUGAUUUGCAGUUUUCCUCGGCACCCUCACCGGACACCUUAAGAGAGAGCCAGGCCCAGCGCCAGAGGAUCAGCAGGUGCCAGGUGUGCAUGAAGCACAGUUAGAGAACCCACAGCUCGCCGACACGUGGCCAGGAGAAACUUCUUCGGGGUCCCCGGGGCGCCCAGGCUGCGCUAAGAGAUUCAUGGUGCUCAUUUCAGACUCCGGUUUCAGCUGCCCCUUCCGUUUCUGUGGUUUUUCCCACUGACCUCUCAUCCCUUCCUCUGUUCGGGGCAGAUUAAGCAAAUGUUCCUCUUAUGGAUUUGUUUGGACCUACCAAUCUUGAUGAAACCCAGACAUCCUUAUGUUUUUGAGGAUGAUGGAAGAGCCAGCUUUAUUUAAAAUGAUGCUAAUUCACAGGAAGGCAAAGAGAUGAUAAAGGCCAGAUUACAAAUUGCAUUACUGAAAACUUCACUCAUGGGUUAAUAGCACCUCAAACAAUUGAAGUCAAUUAUUCUGUAAUAGAGUGGGCUUCCGGAUGAAUUUUUAUAGGAAAAAAAUAAAUAGGCCGACAAAUGAAACUAGAAAGUAGAGAUUUCCAACAUCUCAAAAUGAUUUCCUCUGUAAUCUGUUUCCCCAUGCACUUUAAAUAAUUGUAAAACCAUGACCCAAGAAGAUGUAAAAAAAAAAAA